CUUGUUCUCUUGCUCAGGUCUCACUCGCUCACUACCAAUAUCCGCAUCUGGAAAGCAAAACAAGUUCCAUUUUCAAGUAUUGGGAUUGGAGGAAUUUUUUUCAUUCCUCACUCUUCCUCUCCAUCUAGCUCUACUUUUUGGGAGAAAAAGCUUGAGAGAGGCCACCGAAAAGCAUACACUCCUUAUCAUGAAAGCAAGAAAAAAAACAACCAGACUAGACGGGCCAACCCACACGCAUAUACACACACUCACAUACCCACACGCUCGCACAAUUAUCUUCCUUUAACUCCCACUGUAUAUACUGUGUCUUUUUUCUUCUCUUUUCUUUUUUAAUAAUGGAAAUCCCAAGUCAACCUCGCCUCAUGAUUUGGUCUUGGGUUGUUCUAAGCACCACCUCAUUUCCCACUUUCUUUAGCUUCCUCUAUAUAUUUACCGCUCUACUUCUUUCAGUUCUCCACCAUGGGAAGCAUGAAGGUGCAUCAGUUGGCACGUGGAUUCUGGGAGCACGAACCCUCUCUCUCUCUUGGUUGCAAGCGUCUUCGCCCUCUUGCUCCCAAGCUGGCCAACACAGAUAGUGUUGCCUCUUUCGAUCUCAAGAGCUUCAUUAGACCCGAAAGUGGCCCUAGAAAACUUGGAUCCUCUGACGAGAAGAAAGAUUCACAUCAGGUGGAGACACACCCAGGAGGGACCCGGUGGAACCCGACACAAGAACAGAUAGGUAUACUGGAGAUGCUGUAUAGAGGAGGAAUGAGAACUCCCAAUGCCCAACAAAUAGAACAAAUCACGGCACAGCUAGGCAGAUAUGGCAAGAUCGAAGGAAAGAACGUGUUUUACUGGUUCCAAAACCACAAAGCCCGCGAAAGGCAAAAGCAGAAGCGCAACAGCCUUGGUCUAAGCCAUAGUCCGAGAACCCCAGGCACCAUCACCUCUAUAUCUUUGGAUUCGAUGGGAGAAGUUGAGAGAGACGAAGACAGUCCAUACAAGAGAAAGUGCAGGAGCUGGGCAUUUGAGUGCCUAGAAUUAGAAGAAAUAAGGUCAUGUAGAGAGGAAGGAGAUAGAACUCUGGAGCUUUUCCCAUUGCACCCGGAAGGCAGAUGAUGGGGUUUGAAAAAAUUUCUAAUUCAUCAACUCUGUUUCAUUUGUGAUCAUGAACUACUGCUUGAUGUGCUUUUCUUUCUUUAUUUCUACCGUUGUUUCGAGAAAAAAGAAAGACAAGAUGUCUCUGUGUACUCUAUUUCUGACUUGGAACCAAAGCUCUUUGUCACUCUUUA